ACAGACUCCUCGCGGAAGUGACGGCAAGGCGGCGAUGGCGGCUCGCAGUUUCAUUCCGGAUUUCCACUGGACUACAAACUGAAUUUAACCGGGGCCGGUUGGACUUUGAGGAACUUUUGUAAAGCUGCCUCUCUUUUUACGCCGCACAGGACGAAGUCACAUUGAACCGGUGCCUGACAAGCAGCGUACCCACAGUUUUUUGGGGGUAUUUUUGUCCUAGGUUCAAGGUGGUCACCCUGUCGAGCGGCUAGCGGUAGCUCGGUUGCUACUAGCUAACGUUAGUCGGUGCACAGCUAGCUCAUGAGCUAGCUUGUCAACGAGCUGCGUGCUAAGGUCCACACAGCAGUAGCCGUCGUGCAGCAGCUUUCCUUUUGACCACGUCCACAUUUGUCUUUUGUAGCUACAAUGCGAAUGGACUUAAGUUAAUGCUAAUUGUGCCACAAGUGUGCAGAGCGAGGUACUCACACGUUUGCUUGGCCUCUGGUUCAUUUGAAUUGCUAGUUUGGCGGCUGUGGCUAAAGACUGAUUUUAAACAUCACUAGCGAGCUUGUUCCCUCAGUAAUUGAGCCAAAACUUCGGGCUAAAGCGUGCUACCAAGAGAUAAUUGAAGUUGGGUUGCUGUGGGGUCUUUGCGGGCUCAUCAACAUGCUGAAGACCCGGCAAUGUUUACUUGGCAUCCGCACUUUUCUCGGCGUAACGUCGAGAUUAUGGGGCUUCAUCAUGUACAUCCUCAGGAAGCACCUACGAACGAUAAUCCAGUAUCAGACGGUGCGAUACGACACUUUGCCCCUGUCACCUAUCUCCAGAAACAGACUCAAUGCAGUAAAGAGGAAGAUUCUGGUUCUGGACCUGGAUGAAACGCUGAUCCACUCUCACCACGAUGGGGUCCUCAGACCCACAGUGAGACCUGGCACACCGCCAGACUUCAUCCUUAAAGUCGUCAUUGACAAACACCCAGUCAGAUUCUUCGUACAUAAAAGGCCACACGUCGACUUCUUUUUAGAAGUGGUGAGCCAGUGGUAUGAGCUGGUGGUUUUCACAGCCAGUAUGGAGAUCUAUGGCUCAGCAGUGGCGGACAAGCUGGACAACAACAGGAACAUCCUGAAACGCAGAUACUACAGACAGCAUUGUACAUUGGAUCUAGGUAGUUAUAUUAAAGACUUGUCUGUAGUACACGAUGACCUGUCUAGUAUCGUCAUCCUGGACAACUCGCCUGGUGCUUAUCGAAGCCAUCCAGACAAUGCAAUACCUAUCAAGUCCUGGUUCAGCGACCCUAGUGACACAGCACUUCUUAAUUUGCUGCCUAUGCUGGAUGCACUAAGGUUCACCGCUGAUGUCCGCUCCGUCCUCAGUCGAAACCUCCACCAGCACCGGCUCUGGUGAUUGGCUGAACCGGGAGGGGCAGGGCUUGUUGACCAGCCCCUUCCUCUCCGCCGGCUUCCUUCCUGCCCUCCGUACCCACACAGACAACCCACCAGCCCUCUGCGAGCCUCUGGGGCGCAUCCUGAGGACACGGGGGUUGGGGCAACCGCCUAACAUGGGAAGAACAGUACGGGAUCAUUAGAACCCAAAAAAACUACUGAGGAGGGGAGGGGGAGCCAGCUUGUUUUUUUUUUUUUUCUCUUCUUGAAUCUUUCUUUGUAUUUUUUUUUUCCAAAACAAAACGGAGCCUCUCUGCCUUAUCGCUCCUGAUACUGACUGUGUUCGUAUGAAGAUGAGCUUGUGUAAGUGAGUCAGGAGAAUGCUUGCUGACUUCGUUAGUCCUUUUUAAACUUUUUGACAAUUGGGAGGGGGGGCAAGAGGAGAAUCAGCAAAGCAACAAAGACAAUAUUACAUUAUUAUUUCUUCUUCUCCUCCAUCGCUACUGGACUUUGCACUUAAGCAGACAACUCAUCAGUUUCCUGUCAUAGCCGCUCGGAGCAUCUGAGCAGGGGAAAAUAAAGAACUGCCCCCUUUUUAGAUCGACCUCACAGCUCGACGGUGAUUCAAUAAUUCCUGAGGUACAUUUCCCCCCCCCCCCCUUGAACAAGAUCGGAUCAACUUUACGGUGUAAUGAUGGACUUCUGCUUGCAUCAUACCAUCCACAGGCGUAUUUCUGGACUCAAAUCUGCCCGGCCUGAUGUAUUUUUUCUCUGUCACUCUUUCCCCAUAGCUCCUCAUGGGACUCAGUGAUAAAGACGGCUGAAAAGAAAUGAGAUAAAAAAAGGUUGUAACAAUACGUGAACUGUUGUGCCGCCUUUCCAUAUCUGAUUGUUUCUCUCUUAUAAUAUAUGAUAGUACGAAUUCUGCAUACCACAACAUUUCAUUCUCUCCCUUCGCCAUUUGAUGCCAUUCUGAUUUCAUCAAAUAGGAAUUGCACUUAAUUUUUCCCCUUCUGUUUUUGUUGCAGUUGGUUUUGUAUUUGAUUCAAAUUUGCAGCCUUCCCCACCCUUCGGUUUUUACCUGCUCCGCUUCCUGUAAGGGUUCAACUAUUAGACCCUCCUUCUUUAAAUGCCUUCUGAACAAUGUCAGUCUCGUCAAGGCUCACAGCGGCUUCUUAUUGGCUCUGUCUCCAGGUCUGUGUUACUAAUAAAACACUUGUCAGUAUCGACCAGUUAU